CUCCCUAUAGAGAAGGGAAUGAGGGGAAGUUUAUAUUGGAUGGAGCAGAGCGUGAGAUGGAGGGACGAUGCUUGGGCUUUGGGAGCCAGAUGUAACAUUGCCCUUAAAUGGUAAAAGCUCCCCGGAGUAAAAGGGAGGGAGGCCUCUUCGGGGGGGAAAGGACACUUUUAGCUUUUUGGUUGGGAAUUUGCAUAACUAAGAAUAAACUGAAUUUCCAGGCACGGACGUUACUUCUAAUCUGGGCUUUAUGAUGGAGAGAUCCCCCCGGCUGCACCGGCUCAUUGGGUAGAAAUCAAUGCACAGAGCGGCGGGACCCCUGGAAUCGGCUGCGGCACUUGGGGGGGAGGGGGGGUCGCUGGCUGCGUUCAAUGAUGCCAUACAGGACUAGCAGAUGAGAACCUUUGGACUCCUAUCUCCUGCGGUGCCAACCUGCUCCUGUCGGGGGCGCUUGGUCACUCACAGGGGCCAUCCCGCUGCCCAACGCUCACCAUGCCUGGAGACAAGAAGAACCCCGCAGAUGCCCAGCAGCCGCCCUACCCUGGGAUGGUGACGGGCACAGCUACGGCUGACAGAGCCUGCAUUACCCCUGCCAUUAUCGUGCCGCAGUCUGCAAACGCUUUUGAUGAAACCCAGGAGAAGAACUGCCUCGACAGACACAGCCCCCACAGCCCCUCAGGGAGGUUGAGCCGCCAGUCAAGAUCCUCCACUUCUUCCAGCAACAACUUAAUCUCUGUGGAUAAUAAAGGGCAUGUGAUCGACCUGGUACACGAUAACUUGCCCGAUGUCAGGAUCUCAGACGAAGAUAAAAAGAAGAAUCUGGAGUUGUUGGAAGAAGCAAAGAAAGUCAGCGAGAGAUUCCUCACGCGGAGGGGCAGAAAGUCCCAAUGCAGCAUUUCCGACUCUCCAACAGCACUUUCUCCGUCCCCGAGCCCAAAGGUUUCCCCCGUGCCACAAAAUCAUUUAUUCACUUUUCCACUGCCUCCAGGUCCCCUUGACGCCUACCCCCCUGUAUUUGUUGGGCCUGCGGCUAUAGUGCAGAGCGCCACGAAGGGACUGGCCAAUGGGAAGCAGAAUGACCAGAGGAAAGUUUCCCAAGGAAGGCUGUCGCCGCGCUCCUCGACCGCCAAAGACGCUCUCUCUGAGCAGAAGGAGAACUUUGACCCUCUGAAGCACGUGUCCAGGAAAACGAGCGGAAGCGACGGCUGCAAACCGUCCCUCUCUAACAAUGAGAAUGGGCCCGGGAAAUCCAUUUUAAAGAAACCCAAAGAGAUGGACUCCGUAGGGAACGCGGUACAAGGCCCCGGGGCCACUAAUCCAGGGAUAAACAGUAAGGGAUUAUCAGCGGAGCAGCCAGAUCCUAAAUGUCUAUCUAGAUCGGAGCCUGGAGACUCCGCCGGUCGCCCUCCUCUCUUGAGGGCACUUUCUUGGGACAGUUUAGCCCCUGCACAGACGGACAGAACCCACACGGGGAAUGAAAAGGACUUCAUCGAGAGACUGCACGACCAAUGCAACAACAAACUGCCCAAACUUGUUGGUUUGAAAGACUUCCACGUCCAGCCGGUGCGACUGCAGAAGCUGACCAAGCUCAGAGAAGAACACAAGUUAAUGAGGAGUCAGAAUCUCACUGGACAGAAACUCCCAGAUCUGAGCGAGGCGGCCGAGCAGGAAAGAGGUCCCUCUCCUGUCCCCUCCCUGUCAGAAGAUGGAGAAGAAGCCAAAGGGGAGUCGGAUGUUAUGCCCAGUAUCCCAGAUAUUCUCUUACGGAAGCUGCGGGUCAAUCGGUGUUUGUCCAACAGUGCCCCGCCGCUGACUGAAAAGGAAGUAGAGAAUGUAUUUAUUCAGCUCUCGCUGGCCUUUCGCAAUGACAGCUACACCCUAGAAUCCAGGCUGAACCAAGCCGAGAGGGAGCGGAAUCUGACGGAGGAAAACAACGAGAAGGAAAUAGAGAACUUUAAAGCAACCAUCACGUCUUCGGUGUCAAUCUGGCAAAACAGCGAGCACAGGGAGGCAUACCAGAAGCUUCUAGAAGAUAUCUCAGUCCUUCACAGAUUGACCAACAGGCUCUCGAGCAGGGCGGAAAUGGUGGGAGCUGUUCGGCAGGAGAAACGAAUGUCGAAGGCCACAGAAGUCAUGAUGCAGUAUGUGGAGAACCUGAAGAGGACGUACGAGAAAGAUCACGCUGAGCUGAUGGAAUACAAAAAACUGGCAAAUCAGAAUUCCAGUAGGAAUUAUAGUGGCUCCGAUGAUGGGGUGGCUCGUUCAUCAAGAUCCAUGUCUCUAACGAUUGGCAAGAACAUGCCGCGGAGAAGGGUCAGUGUGGCUGUGGUCCCCAAAUUCAAUUUACUGAAUAUCCCCGGUCAGUCACCGAACACAUCUCCUUUACCCUUGAUGCCGCCCCUUACGGAGUCACCCAUUGGGAGAAGCAGCUCACCCGUCCUGCCAACGCAGUCUCCACUGGUAGAAAAUGCAAAGCCAAGCACAGAGACAGAAGGAGAGGCUCCAGUGGGGGUUCCAGUUCGGAAUGAACCGGAGGAAAUCAGCCCCGAGAUGAAGGCAAAGAUAGAAGAGGAGGCUUACAACAAGGGGUAUCAAGAAGGUUUAAAAAAGAUCCAGGGGAUGUCUUUAUUUAAGGAGGAGGAGGAGGAGAAAGCAAGUGAGGUCAUUGCUGAGUGUGAAGAUGAAGUAAAGGAGGAAAUAACAAAGCUCAAAAGCAGUAAAAUUGAAGAAUGCCUUGACUAUGUACAAAUGCUGUACCCCAAGUUACUGACCCAUUGGAAUGUCCUCUCCAUCGUGGCCGCUGGGAUAGUCCUCCUCGCCGUCUUGUUAAGCAUCUACAACUCAUUCACGUCCUGCUCCGAGCUGCCGGCCGGCCACCAUGGGAAAGCGUCAUGUUCAGCCUCUCAGAGAUAUUCCUGGUGGACCUCAGGGCUUCCCCAUAAGCAGCGGCGGCAGUGAAAGAUGGAGGGAGCGGGAUGGGAAAGUGCCGAUACACUGAAUUGUGCAGGGAAUACUACACAGUACGUGUCCAGCCGAGGCCUCCUAGUGCCUCAUAUGGACUGGACUCAUGCCCAGAGAGCGACCAAGAGCAGAUGUUUGGAGAGCGCCAUUGGGCAAACCUCAAGGGAAUGACCAAGAACAGAAGUCGACAGUCUCCACUUCAAUGUAUUUGAUGUUACAGAAUGAGCAAAGCCGAUUCCAUUCGUUCAUUCGCUGACAGACAGCAGCCAAUUGGAAAAUACAUUCCGGUCAUGUCUGAAAUAUU